AAUUUUGCAUUUAAAAGAUUUUAAUAAGGUUGUGUUAUCUUUCUUGGAUCUUAAAACUGCAAUCCUUGGAAGAUACUUUAAUGGUACAAUUUAUGAACAUCACUAAUACAGAUUAAAUUAAAAAUAUAGGGUUUAAAUCAUCUAAGAAACUGGCAUAAGUGGAAGAGAAUGUUUAACUAAUGUGUGGAAUAUUUCUACUUUUUAAAAAUUAUAUGCCUCAUGAACACUAUUGCAGUUAAGAAUAAUUGAUCCAUAAGCAUUUGCAUAAUGUGGCACUUCUAGGUAUUAAGUAAGAAAUGAAGGAAAUAAAUUCAGUAUGAGAUAACUAACUGCAAGAUUGCUUUCAGGAUGCUACAUAGUGAAAAAAUAUUUUGAGCUCAGGUCUUCCCCCUACAUACCAUUAUUGCUCUCAUGACUGCUUAAAAUACUUGUUUUUUUAAAAAUUCCAUAAAGAGUUACAUAAAUUAUAAUUAUAAAUUAUUUGCCUUAAAAUAAUAUUUAGUGCUAAUAAGGUGUAAAAAUAUGGUGAAAUGAGAAAUGCAUAUUAAGGCUGGUAAAAAAUACUGUCCAAUGUAGAAUGUAUAUCUUGAAACUGAUUUGAUGUUGACCAUGGCACUUCAUGACUGACCACAAUCCUAUUUGCCUUUGGGAAUAAGCCAGGUAAUGACCAUGAACAUUUAGUAAAGUAAUGAAAGUUUAACACUGUUUAGCUUAAUGUCAAUAGAGUUAGACAGAGUUAGAGUUAAAGUUAGAUCAUUGCCCUCCAAUAACUCCUUUGAUUAUCUCCCCUCCUCACUGAACAUCAUAUCCAGAUUAGAAAUAAAAAAAUGUGCUUUCUUAAACAGGAUACUUACAAAAAUGCAGAUUUACAAAAUUGCAAUGUUUGUCAUUUUUGUUUAACUUAGGUAAAACAUCUUUUUUAUGAAUGAAAAUAACAUCACAACUUGUUGACAAUAGCUCAAAGACAUUUGUAUAAACUCCUAGGAAGAAAUCACUACUUAAUCUCAUUUUAUAUUUCAAAAAUCUUAUUUUACAAAUGGCUUUAAUCCAGAUAGAUUCUUUGAGCCAUCAUCAUUACUGUUAAUUUGGAUUUUUUUAUGUAUAUUUCUAUAAAUUUCUGUUCCCCAUCAAAAAUGCCUUUUCUUUUGUAUUUCAUAGUUCUCACAUUUCAGUGUUCUAAAUUAUUUGCCAACACUGGCAUGUUCGUUCACUGUUUCCUAUGCUAAAGUAAGUUUUUUGCAAUUCUUCUACACAUGUUCAGGUCUCUUCCUUAUGCUUACUAAUAUCUCUUCUCUGAAACUUAGCUUAUAUUUCACCUUACAUCUAUAUUCUACAGUUAUAUUUUCUCUGCAGUUUUUUUUACCUUUCCUUCACUUCUGAAUAGAUAUAUAGAGCAUUGUGUUCUAAAGGUACAUAUUCACAGCAUAGAUAAACCCCCAAAUGACCUCAAUGGCUCUCAGAGAAUGCUAACGACUAGAUGACUGCAAAGAAAUAUAAUCCUUCCAUUCCACCCUUUCCAUUCUGUCAGAAUCUAUUGUUCCAUCCCACCACCAUUCAGUCACAAUUGAUGAAGCUUCUUGAAUGAGAAGUGAAGUGUCUUCCUCCUCAAAGAAAAACAGUACAGUUGCCUUUUGAAAAAAAAGAGCAGCUUUGAGACAUCUAUCAUUAAUACUUUAAUUAUAUUAAACAGCUACUUAUUAACUUCACCUUAGCUUUGAUAUUGCAACUGCCAUUAGGAAAAUCAUCAGAGAGAUAACAAAAGUCAGGCCACUUUAGCAAGGCUUUUAGGAAAACAAGAGAUUUGAUGAAAUAAUGAAUGCUAAGCUAAGUACUGGCCAAUUAUUCAAUAAAGAGAAAUUAUAUAGAGAAACUGCAUAGGGAAACACUGUAUAUGAAUGGAAAGAAAGAGGUAAUAUUGAGGGAGAGAAGCAAAUAGAUAACUGAUAAUAAUCUAUGUUGGCUGGGUACUUCUGAGAGUUGAAGUCAACCCCUCUUGAAGUUGCUAGGGUUAAGACAUACUGGUCUAUAGUUAUCAAGCAAGAGAAAUUAUUUCUGGAAGAAAACAAGAGUUUGCAGAAGGUCCCUCAUCGAAAAUAUCAAACAAGUUAAUGGUCCUGAGAAACAUAUUACUAUUUCUUAAUAGCUACAGGUCAAUACAGAUAGUCCUUGACUUACAACCAUUCAAUUAACAACUGUUCAGUUACGAUGGCCACACCACCGCCACUUGCAGUCAUGCGAUCACAUUUUGGGCAAUUGUUAACUGACUCAUCUUGACAACUGUUUACAGCAUCCCAUGGUCACGUGACUGCAAUUUUGGGGGGGGGCUGGUUUCUAGCAUUUACUUGCAGUUUCCAGCAAAAUAAUACAUAUUGGGGACAACUGAUUCGUUUAAUGACUGCCAUUCACUUAAUGACUGCUGUAUUUGCUUAACAACUGCCACAAAAAAGUGGAAAAAAAAUCAGGUCCAAUCAUGUGAUGCCUUGACUUAUAACCAGAACAAUUCACAACUGUCAUUGUGGGCUCAAUUAGAGUCAUAUGUCAAGGACUAUCUGUAUAAAUAAUGUUCAAGUACUGCCAUCCUUUGUAUACUUUGAUAAUAGUUCAAUUUUUACAGAGAAUUUAUAAGAUCUGUAAUCUUUAAUUCUAGAUCAAGACAGAAAGUGUAUGAUCUUCCUGUUGACAGCUUUUAGCAGUCCAUUAUCAAUUGUGAUUAGAUUGGUAAUCCAAUAUAUAGGGGACCAUUGGUCCUCCACCCAUUUCCUAGAUGAUGUGUUAUUAGGAAAAUAAAAUCUAUUGUUAUUGUUUUAAGUAAUAUAAUUUAAUUCUAACAUGUCCUUUCAUAUAUUUUUUGUCUUUACAUUCUCUUAAGAUUUCUUUUUCAGCAUCCCUGUGCCCUGUCUCUGUAUGGAUCAGUUGGUGUCAAAAUCCUUUCUAGAUAACUAACCAAGUCACUUAUGUGUGAAAAAAAUAAUGUGUGUGAACAGAAUGAAUAAUCACUUUUUCCCAGACCUAUUUCUAAGGCAUUAUUAUAACAAUUAUAUUUCUCGUUUUCUCUUGCAGAAGGAUAUUAAAUUUUGUCAGCCUUUAUGACAUAUAUAAAAAAAGUAAUACUUCAUUUUCAGAAAACUGGAUGACUGCAGUAAGAGUUUUGCUAAUAGAUGCCAGUCUUUCAUAGGGCACCAGUUCAGAUCUUAUGGGAACUGACUAGAACUGAAAAUUAUCAUCUGAAAGUGGUUUAGUGCUCUUUGUGAAAAUUGCUAACAUAAUAAAUUCUUCAUCUGUUAGAGAAAAGUGAAAAUACAGGGUGGUUGAUUGAGUUUGAAAGCAAAGAUUAGUCAUUUCUUCUUAAGAAUGCCCAUAAUCCUGAAUGGAAUAUUAAAAGAUGUGUUAUAAAUGUGAUCCAAUUCUGCCAUUGAAGUUUUUAUUUUAUUUCUUGAUGAGAUUACAGGUUUCACUUCUCUUUGUUAUGGAUCACAUUCACUAAUCUUCCAUAAUCUUUUAUAAAUACAACACCUCCAAUAUUAAUGUGCAGAAAGUGUCCAUCAGUUCUGACUUCCAUCAGCACACCAGAAUAUCAGUGAUUUAGCAAAGCUAACUACCUUUCCUCUGAAAAAUGGGGAGGAUGUAAGCCCAGGCAAAUAUGACCAAACUUAGUCAUCUAGACCAAACUUAGUCAUCUUAGACAACCAUUUGUCUGAAAUGCAUAGUUUUUCCUGCCUGAGCAGGGUGUUGGACUAGUGUUAUUCUGCUACCUAUGUUUUGUGGGAAAUUUUGUUUCAUCGGGAGCUUUGAAUCUUCUUUGCACCAAGAAAACCAUUUAGUCAUGAGCUUUGAGUUUCUUUUAUUAUAGCUCUCUCACACCUUUUACCUAAAGAAACAAAGUAGCAUUUAUGAGAGCCAAUAUAUAAAUCUGUACAACCUUGAAUCAGAAUUAUUAGCACAAAGUUUCUAAGACAAGUAGACAAGAGGAAAAACUGAUUUUUUUAUAUAUAUAGAUGUAUUCUAUGCAGUGCUUUGGGAUCUUGAAAAAUAAUGGAAGAUGGGAAAAGAAGCUGAGAAUGCAACCUUUUAGAACCAUUGGCUUACUUUCAGAGACACAACUUGCAUAUAAUCGAAAACUAUCAAUAUUUACAAGAGAGGUAUUUUUUUCACCAGUUUAAAAGAAACAUCAAGGGUAAAAAUACAAAUUACCUGUCAAUUCUAUAACAUUUGAAAUGGCUGGAUGGAAGUAGUAUGUUAUAGAUAACAUAUAAGAUGACGAGUGUACUGAAUGUCACUGUCUACUACCAUUUUCGCACCAAGAGUUAUGCUGUUACAUGGAAGCAAAGAACAGCACUGGGGAAAAGCAGAGUGAGCAACUCUGUUUAAAUGAAGUUACUAUUAUUUGCAGGACUGGAUGGUGGCAGAGGUGAGACUGGAGAACAGAAGUAGCAAUUUAUGUAGUCCAAGCACACAAUCUGUGACCUGCAAACUGAGGUUGCCUCACCCAGGUUCCCUUCAGAAACAGUGUUUCUGUUACUCUUUUGCUUGCCAUUCCCCCAAGAAUCCACCCUAACUGAAGAUAUAGUUUUCUCACCUAAGUCUUUCUUGCAAGAACAAGAAACUUUCUUACAGGACCAAGAAAUUUUCCAUUAGCUGUGUUGUUGAAGAAUUAUAAAAUUAUACUUUACAUCAAUGAAACCAUAGAGCUCUUGCAAAAACUUGCAGUAACGAUCUAUGAUCAGAAGACACUACUAGGAAUUCUGGACAAUAACAAAGACUACCGCACAACUCACUAUAAUUACAAUAUACCCUGUGCUCAUCUAAAAAAUCUUAAUUGUAUCCUUAUCAAAAUCAUAUGAAAAAAUAAUUGCGCUAAUUUUCUAUUGAGAAUCUAUUCCACAGAAGUGAAGUCUGAAAUUGUGAAAUUAAGGAUAUGGUGAAUGCACAAUUACUGCAAAUUGUUUUUCAAGCAUGUAUUUUAACAUCUAGCAAGCUAUUUUUAUAUAGCAUGAGUUUAAUAAGAACCAAAUUGCUAUGUUAUUUUACAGACUUGCUUCUAAAAAGGUACUUUUAAUUUUUACUGAACAUUACCCAGUGAAAUGAUGCUGACUCUGCGCUUAGUAUACAGAAAUGUUUACCUUUCCAAACAUACUCAGGAACUUAACUUUUGAUAUGAUUCUUGGAGAAAACACUUGCUUAUUUCACCAUGAAAAGGUUAAGCAAUUGUAUGCAGUGAUUCCUUUGUCUGACAUGUAUAUGCUAAUAAGGCAUUAUUGUCUCAGACCCUGCUGGGACUGGAUAGGUUGGUUUAUUUUUCAAAUCUUUUUUUCCUUGUAUCCACUGUUUGCUCCUGUCCAGAGAAAAAUCCAGGAACAUGCAGACAACCUAUACAGUUUUAUGUGUAAUAAGCAGCUGCCACUUUUAAAAGCUUUAAAAACACAACCUACAAAAUCAGCAAACCUGCUAUGGGAGAUCUUCAGAAAGUUCUUGACAGAGGAGAAUAUAUUCCCUUGAAGUCUGCUCCUGUGUUUGAGAGUAAAUUUGUUCAGGUAAAUAGGAAAGGUGGAUCAAUUUACCUUCAUAAUCGUCCCAACUAUGUGACCGUGGGUAUAUGUGCCUCUAGCACAAAAUUGUCAAUGCCAAAUGUAAUGCUGCUUGCCAAUUCAUCUCCUUAUUCCUCCAAAGAAGACCUUUCAACCUAUCCAUCAUCUACCCAGCCCUCACAUUCUAAAGAAGAACUGGUACUCACCAGGUUCUUGCCUUUGCAGUUUGUAGAUCUCUCCGUUCACUCCGCUAAUAAGAGACGGCUCAAGCUUAAGCUGGUGAAUGGUCGGGCCUACUACCUAGAACUCUGUGCUCCAGUCCAGAAGCAGAGUGAGAUAUUCUCUCAGUGGGUGCGGCUCAUCAAUCUGCUGAAAUCUAAAUCUGAAGGGCCUUCAAUUAAUACUCUUUAUAAGGAUUUUGAAACCCAGGAGGACAAUAAAGCCAUCAGGAAUAAAACAAGAAUACAAGGAAAAAACACAAUAGAACCUCUUAAAAAUCAAUCAGCCAAUCAAGAGUCAACAGAACUCAGCAAAAAAGUAUCUUCCAAGCGUGUCACCUAUUCAGAUGUUGUGGGUUCUAUUGAAGAAUUUCAGAACAAAAGCCAAACCAUAGUUUCUUCUGACAGCUACAUGAAACAGCCCCAUGCAGACUCAGUGAAACAAAAUAAAUUCAGUCAAGAAUUAAGAGGGACACCUACCAGAAAGAAAAAAUCUAGGGAAAGAGCACAUUUUUCCAGAAAUGAAAAAAGACUGCAAUCUUCAGUUAUUUCCAAUGUAACUGUUUUCCCUUUGAUUAACCUUUCUUUCCCACUUCUGCUUUAAGUCACUAUGCUUUCAAACAUUUACAUUUUUCUUGUACCUCGGAUCCUCUACCGGACUUUACCCCCCCCCCCAAUCUUUGUUAUAUUCUUAUCAAUACAUGCAUGCCAAGAAGUUCACUUGUUUUCAGAACAGUGCUUUCCCCAGCUUUUCAACAUCCAUAAGGUCUACUUUUAAAAUGGUAUUUUACAGAACUAUCACAGCUACGUUCCUAUUAUACCCGAUAACUGAGAUACACAGCAGCAAUAUGUAACAGAUAAAACAAUUGAUGUUUUAAAAACUAUCCUUUCAACCUAACAAUUCUCAUUAUCUUUGAAACGGACAAAAGGGAACUGGCUUAUAAGGAGGUAUAGUUCUAAUUAUAAACAUUAAUUAGCAACUUUAAAAGAUGGAUAGUUGACUGAAGCUGGGAAAAACGGUCAGUUUUGUCUAAAUCCUCAAAAUCCUGCCCACCCAAUCUGGCCAUACACACAAACUUUCUUUUGACAUUUUUUUCUUUAUUUCAUCUCUUUCUCUUACACUUUUUAAUCUGUUUCUCUGGGCUAUAUUUUCCUCAUGUUCCUCAUGUUUUUUUACAGGAAUCCUAAAAAAUAUCAGUUACUCUGAACUACUUUAUAACAAAUAAUAUUGAAAAAUGUGCUGUCAUAUAAAUGAUAUGAAACGAAACUAAGCUGAAGAUGCAAAGUAAAAGAAGAAAGCAAGGUGAUCAGAUGGGGAAAUGGAGCGAAAUUCAGAAACUGUAUGAGUGUUCUCUUCCAGUAUAUAAAAUUACUGAAAUAUCAGUAUGCAUCAGUGUGCAUUUUUUAAAAAUGAUUUACCCACAAGAAAAAUAGGUGUACCUGAAUAUUGCUGUUAAUUCUUUAUUUCAUUCUGAUUUCUUUAAGUUACUUAUCUAUAAAUACAAAAACUAAAAAAAAACCCAAAAUACAAGAGAAAAUAAACAUAAAUUAAAUCAAACUGCCUUCACAAAAUGUACCAACUGUCUUUUUAAUUAAUUAUUAAAGAUUUAUUUAUUAAUCACUGUUUCAUAAAAUCAUGUUAUCUCUUUCCACGUUUUCUGGUACCCUUUUUCCAAUGACAAAAGGCUUUCAAUCUUCUAAAGGUGCCUUUAUGGUUUGUAUUGUUUAAAAAAAGCAAAAGUAUGUUUUUUAAAAAUAUGCUUUUUAAAUAAUGUUUUUAUUUUGUAUAUUAAAGGCAAUGGUGGAUUUUUCUUUCCCCAUCAUCUACAACUGAUGGUUGUGUGGAUUUCUUUCCUAAGUUUUGCUAUAAAACAUGUGCAUGCUUAAUAUAUUUCCUAUCAUUUUACAUAGUUUAUUUGGAAAUAUCUUUACAAGUAUAUUUAUGAUAAAAAUGGUUGAAUCAAAAGUCUACUUGUAACAUAUAAUUUCUUAAUUUUUUUCUAUAAUUUUGUACUGAAAAAAUUGAUUCCUAAUUUUAAGCCCAAUAAAAAUAUUUUACUGACAUUCAUCAUCACUUAUCAAAGAAAUUUGUAAACAGUCAGACAGGUAUACUAUACAGACGUCUUCCCAGUUUAAAUAUAUAAAAUAAACUGAUUGAUUUAUUCAGUCAAUACAACAAGCUAUGAUUUCUUUACUCAUGGUUUAUUGAAUAAGCUAUAUUUGUUUCCAUAACAAAGGAAACCAUAAAUAAGUAAACCAUUCACUUUCCACUUCUAUUAUAUAUCCUACUUUUUUUUCCCAAAAACUACUUCUAUAUUUCUCAUGGAAUUUCAUGAGCUCUUGCCUAUUGCUGUGCUUUCUCAAUUUCUCUCAGUGUCAAGUAAUUCCAGAACCAGCGUCAUUUGGAAGAAAGAUCACUGUAAUAUAGACUUUUUUUAAAAUGGCUUUACAGA